UUCCGGUAUUGUUUCUCUGCUUUCACAAGAACAUCACAUCAAAAAUGCCAGUAUAUUUGUGUUGCAACCAUAUGGAAGCAUCGGUAAUCUAUGCCUGUAUGUAGCGAACUGUCAUAGAUGCCCUUGCAUAGUGGGUUGACACUCCAAUGGAGACAGGACAUGUGUGAUUAGUAGUACAUAUCAACUGUCACAGCUACACUAAAGGCCUAGCUAUGGAUGGAGAUGAACUCUAUGAUAUGCACAUGUGCCUGGUGUGCCAUUCAACAGUUGUUGGUCUUAUCAACUAUGUCAACCACAAGAAAUAUGACUGUCCUGGAAAGCAACAGACCCAUAACCUCAAGCCUCCAAAUUCCAGUGUUUUGGAAACAGUUCAGCAGGUACAAAUAGCAACAGGAUCAAGUGUUCUAGUCCAGAGUCAGCGUCCUGGCCAGACAGAAAAUAACCAUGAUAAUAUACAGAAUGGUGGCAAAUCAAAUGUUGACCUUGGCACAGUAAUCAGUUUGCAGGACCAACCACAAAGUUCAUCUAAUACAACCUUGACCUUCACAGGGUCAAACGGAGGUCAUGGGGAGAUUCCAGGAAACAUGAAUCACCGUGAUGAUUUAUCAGAGACACAAGCUCAGGACUAUAGUACAAGUACAAUGGCUAGAACUCAUAUGAACAGUCUCUCAAUUGGCAAUGUAAUGACCAAAUGCUCUUUUUCAACCACAGCACAACUUGACAUUGGAUCGUCCAAUCAUCUUCUCUCAUCUUCUGCCAAUCUCCACGGCAGUUCGUCUCAGAACCCAGUGUUAGUAGAUACUAGUCUAGAGUAUUCAAGUUUUCGUCCAGAUGCCUUUAGUCCAGGAUCUAGCAGUGUGGUGGACCCUAAUAUGAUCAUGAGUUCUAGGACUUCAGGGGAAAGGUCUGAGGACUUUUUCUCUUCACUUGCGCUCCAGAGUAAGAGCCAACAGCAGAACACCAUGCUUAGUCAGGGCCUAAGUCAUACUGUUACCAGUGGCAACAAUGAGAGUCUAACCAAUGACCUGCCUAUAUCAAACAUCUUAAACAAUCUGAACUUCAGUGAUGAUGAAGACAUGAAUUUUUCAUUUUCUGAGGAUGACUUAUUUGAGGAUGCUUUUUCUGAUUCAGACACUGAUGAUGCAUGGAGACCACCACAUAAUCAUACAAAAGGAAAAUGGAAGCCUGGACAAGGCCCAGAGACUGGAGGAAAAUGGAAACCAGGUCAAGGUCACCUGCAAACUGGUGGAAAAUGGAAACCAGGUCAAGGUCACAGGCAGACUGGGGGAAAAUGGAAACCAGGGCAAGGCCCUUACAACUCAGGAGGCAAAUAUAAACCAGGCCGUUCUACAGGAGGGAAAUGGAAACCAGGUCAGUCUCUGUUACAGAACAAAUCUACUAAAGUGGAUAAUAAGAAAAAAGGAAGGCCUAUGGUUAGUGAGAGUAGGAGCCAGCAGGAGUACUUCUGUACCGCCUGUAAUAUAUACUUCAAAAACAGGUUCUCAUACUCUAGUCACUGUACAGGCAAACAACACAAAGAGAAUGUCAUCAUUGGUAAGUGUUACGACAAUGACACAGACGGAGGCUUAGGACUCGGUGAAAGCCUCAAUAUCCCUCAGAUUAAAAGUGUAGAAGAGAAUUUCAAGUCUGAUUCUCCGACUAUAGACUCUCAAACAACAAAUUCUCUAGUUAACAGUAGUAUUCCUGAUUACAAAACAACUGGUCUUCCUGUAGAUAACCAGGAAGAGGAGGCAUCUAGUCCGGCAGGUUUAAUGGCAGAAAAUUACAAGCAUGCAGAAAUAGAGGAUCAAACUGCUAAUGAAGAGGAUAAUGAAAACGUAAGGCCUUUGAAUAUGUCGCCCCAGGACAGGGACAUAAAUAGUACUGAACCUCCAGCUGUUGUUGGUGAUGAUGACAAUAUAGAUAGCUGUGAUAAUGAUGCUGAUGAUAGCAAUGAUGAAGAGGAAGCAGAGAAUGAUGAUCAGCACCAGGAGGAACCGGAGCCCAUUAACCUGCCCUCUGAGGUCUUAGUGUGCUGGAUCUGUGAUAAAAAGUUCUACAGCAAGUAUGUGUUGGCUCGUCACAUGUUGUCAACAUACCACAAGAAUCGUGCAAAAGGCCACCCCGACACACUGCGUGUGUUGGAGCAGUACAACAAGUACAUUGUACGACUCAGUCCGUUCCAGUGCAGCCCAUGUCAGUUCUACUUCAACAGGGACGAGGAUCUGCGAACUCAUCUGGUUACUGAGUCACACAUUAAACGUAUCAAGAAACUCAGUGGGCAGCUGAUAUGUACCCUGUGUAAGUUUGUCAGUCGAGACAAUAACGCUGUCAUGGAUCAUAUGGAUUCCAGGCAGUCACAUUUAGAAGGACUAAAGAAAGGCGUCAAACCCUGUAUCAUAAAGGAGAAGUUCCAAGGCACCCAGUGUAAAUACUGUGAUAAGAUCACUCACUCCCGUACACACAUGAAACGCCACGUUCAUUACAAACAUGCAGCUGAAUUCAAACGUAAAAGUUAUAAGGUUGAAAAAAAUGGAAAGUUUAAGUGCUGUGAAUGUUCUAAAGAAUUUAAGACAUACAAAGUGUUGAACUUACACAUAAGUAGGCAGCAUAACAUGAGUAGUGAAAACUAUUGUGAUAUCUGUAAUAAGACACUUGGGGACAAAUACUCAUACGACCGUCACCUACAGGGAGACAAACACCUCAGAAAUGAGCAGAGUCAACAGUACCGACCCUCAGUUAGCAAGACAUUUAAUAAUAAAUUUGAGGUUGUAAAUCCAAGCGUGAACCAGACAAAUCUUGCUGGUCUAAAGCGGAGUGUUAAACUGAUCAUACGGACACUACCAGCUAAAAAGAUACGUAAAAACAAGAAAAAAGUGGAAAACAAGAUCUACAAGUGUGACCAUUGUGACCACAGUGUGACAAAAUAUUCAGACCUACGCCCUCACUACAUUGCCGUACACUCCAAUCACAUUCUGGUAUGUGACAUUUGUGACAUGACUUUCAUCAGCCAAAAGGCCCUAAAACACCACAACCAGAGCAAGCUACACCAGGCCAACCUGAAGGAAGUGGAGGGCAAAAACACCCAGAAUAUCUACCAAUGUGAAAUCUGUAAGCACCGCUUCACUGAGGAGGGAUGGAAACAGUUCCAUAUGGAGGUGUACCACCUCCAUCCAAACUCUGAGGAAGCAUUACAGAAAAAGAUAGGCGGUGUGGACAUUACAAGUAAGGUCUACGUGGAUUAUCUCCGAAGUGUGGAACACCUUGACAGGUCAGAAAAAGUCAAUUGUCCCGUGUGUGAUAAAAAUCUUAAAAAGGAACAUGUACUAGAACAUUUACGUCUCCACACAGGGAAUAAACCAUUUAUGUGUCGCUACUGUAAUUUUGGGUUUAUCUCGGCUCUGUCAUUGCGGCGCCACCUAUUGGGUCACAUGGGUCUCACUGAAAGGAAAUGUGAGGAAUGUGGGAAGGAGUACAAAAAAAUUUCUUCAUAUAAAGAGCACAUGUUACAGCAUGAAAUGGAAAAAGCUGGCAAACAAAAAUUCAUGUGUGACAUCUGUGGUCAGGCUUUCUACCUGCAGAAACAACUUAACAACCACAUGCGUCGACAUGGGGAACGUAAAUUCAAGUGUUCAUUCGAUAAUUGUCACUGGAGUUUCUAUUUUUCCAAUGAACUAGAAUCACACAUGAGAUCCCAUACAAGAGAAAAACCAUUCCUCUGUGAUAUAUGUGGUUAUGCUGCUGCCACCAAAAAUCGUCUGCUUCGUCACUCAAGAACUCAUACUGGGGAGAGAAAAUUUCAUUGUGAGUAUUGUACCUAUAAAGCUGGUACAAGUACACAUCUACGGCGUCACAUGAGGAUUCACAUCGGAUCUAAGCCGUACAAGUGCCCUUACUGUGACUACUCGUGUAACACACAUGAGAACAUUCGCAAACAUAUUGUCAAAACCAAGAAACAUGCAGGACUUAGUAUCUACCCGUGUAAGUUUUGCCCGUUUGGAACAAACAAGGUAACAGAAUUCAGAGAGCAUUUGGUAGAUAGUCAUCCUAACGAAGUGGAAGGGAGUGUGUUUGAUGGCCUGGCAGAAAUGACGGGCCUUUACAACAAGGAACAAGACCCCAGGAAGCCGUCUGAGGGCAUGAGGAUCAAUCCAAUCAAGGAGAGGAAAGUCAGGCUACAAAAGAAGCAAUUUAGUAUGAAAAAACGAGAAAAUUCAGAAACUUCUGCAAGAGUUCAGCAAAAGGUUCGUUCAGAUUAUGUUAGCCAUCCUGAUUCCAUGAUGAUUUCAGAGCAACAUAAGAUACCCAGCCAUAUCAAUCCUAUUUGGCAUGAGCAUAUUGAAAAAGAGGCUCGGGAUGCUGCAACAAUAUUGGUAUCCGCUGGAAAUGCUGGUGCAUCAGGACUUCAUGCACACCACCAUACAACUACCCUGCAUGGUUCUCUGGGCUUAAUGUCGGCAUACAACUAUUACCCAGAGGCACUGACAGCACGGAGUAAGGUGGAUGGUCCAUAUAUACCUAAUGGUUCAACUACAAACCUGAUUAGGAUGGACCCUCAUGCCACUCUGCCCAAUCACGGCCACCAGCAGUGUGACAGACCAGACCUAAUCAUAGACUAUCUUGAAAUGGAGGUUCAGGAAAAUGCCUAGUCAUGGAACGGAGUAGGUUGUCUCCCUUUUUCUGAAAAAUUAAGGGCACUUAACUAGACUAUCUCACUGAAAAUGGAGGUCAUGAUACUUGAACAUGUAUAAUCUAGAAAAAAAUAGUCUUUUCCUGAAUUAAUUAGACUUAUAAACAGUAUUGCUUAAUUGACAAAUAUGGUUUAAUCAAUUGUAUAUAUAGAUACUUUAAAUUUGUUCCAUAAAAACAAAUUUUGAGAAUACAGAAUAUUAUUAACUUUCAGAUAUCUUUUUUUCUUUUUUUUUAAUAAUUUUUUUUUUUUCAAAAUGCUUAUCCAGGAAUUUGUAUUUACCCUGUUAUGUAGAUUUUAAGCAGGCUGCAUGUGUCACACGGAUUGCUAGUUAAUUAAAAGCUUGUCAGCUAAAUCUUUUUACUUUUCAUAAAGUUGCAUUGACUGUAAUUCUAGAUUAAAAAUGUAUUUGUAGGUCAAUGCAAGUACACCAUGAUUCCAAAUGCAACCCUAACAGAGUUAAAACUCCCAGACAUCUACAUGGAAAUGGCAUAACGAUAAAUGUUGUCCAAAAUUGACAUCUAGCUGUAGAGUUAUCUUCCCUUGUUAUUAGGAUCAACAUAGAAGAUAAAUAUAUAAAAGACUUAAUAAAUAUUUCAUAAUUUGGGUUUUUUUCUUUGCAAAGAAGUUGUGGAAAUAUGCAUUACUGUUUUAUUUUCAUUUUAUUAUUUUUGAUCAAUUCAUUGGCUGAUCAGUAUAUGAUACAUUAAGGGAAAGAAAUUAAAAAAGUAAAAUUAGCUGUUAAUAUUAUUGUAUAGAACUGAUUUCUACUGAAAUUUCAUGUCUAUGAGUGUUUAAGGAAUAUCAAUUCAAUUCUUGUUUGUGUGUGGAAACCACUGUCACUGGAUAGACUAGAUAAUCAGAAGUAAAGCCUGCAGUAAAAUCAAAAAUUUAAGUCUACAUAAUUAAUGAUAUCAACCUGUCAAAAGUAUAUUGAUAUAUACAAAUGUACUUACAUGUACAUUAUAUUCUCAAAUCUUAUUCAAGUCAGAAUUAGUGGCCUAUAUUUUACUGAAAUCUUGUUUUUGUUUCUUUUCUACAUGUACACUUGUGCUUCCGUUAUAUUAAUUGAGUUCACCAGUGAGCUAUAAUCAGUGUUUCUUUUAAAACUAUGUUUGUUGAUUACUAUAUAAUGAUCAGGGUAAUUGUGCAUAUACUUGGUAGAGUAGAAAUUAAACUGUAUUACCUAAAUAAGGGACAGUGAUGGCCUCUAUGACAGCAUGGUGUCUAAAUUUCAAGAAUUUGAAAUUUCUAAAGAUAAUUUGAUAUAGUAAGUACAGAAUGUUUUACAUGUACAUUAUACAAACAAUAAUGUUCAUAACUAAAAUGUAAGUUUUGAGAAGGUGCAAGGUAGGGGUGUUGACUUCUGUUUUUAACAUACCCUCAUUUGACGGGAGUAUUAUAUAGUAUGGUGUUGUCUGUCGGGUGUAAACUUCCGUUUGUCCAGAGAUCCUCUCCUACACUUUUCAACCGAUUUCAUUGAAACAUGGCAGGCUUUAUAAUCAUGAUAUAUAUUUGGGUUUCCCUGAAUUGCAUUUUUAUUUGAUUAUUUUUGCAAAAGUUAUUGCCCUUUGUUGAUUUUUAUAUUUGAUUUUUGUCCAAAUAUUUCCUACUGAUAAAAAACUAAGUAAACUUAGUAAUCAUGAUUUAAGGUUGUGUUUAAUGUGUUGGAGACUAGAUUAACUCCUGAUAAUUUGUUUUCUCAAGCUAUUAAAAAAUCAAACAUUGACUUUGUAGUGAAAAGCUUAGCUUCGGCCAAACCACUCAUACAGUGUAAGGUGAUGUAAAUCUUACUGUAUCUAUCACUAUAUAUCCAUGUAUUUCCAUUUGCUCUGCAUUGUCACUAUAUAAACCAAAAGUGGUCAGGUCAUGAUUCUCCUAUUAGUGUAGUGAUAUGUAGCACAAUGUUUGUGACGUCGUUUAAUAGCAUAUGGAUUUGCCCGACGUAACUGUAUUAAUUUAUAAGUGAUUUUUUGACAUGAUAAUUCAUACCACCGGAUUUAAAACACUAUUGGUCAAUGUAACUUGUAAUAUUUAUGUAGUUCUGUUGUAUAAAAUGUGAAUGUCCUCAUGGUGGGGUAUAUUGGUUAAAAUGUUGAAAUUAAAUUGAUGAUUAAAUGAUGUGUUGAUUUCCACGGUUGAUUUGCCGGGAAUGGGUAACUAAUUAAUAUAAAGUGGUGACAUCACAAGAACAGAUCCCCUUGACAGAGGGGAAAUUUGACUCUGGAAUUCAAUAACACUGUUACAGGUAGAAUAUAAGAAAAACUACAAUUUAAAACAUAAAUAUAGAUAUUAAACUGCCUCCUCUGGAAUGUUAUUGUCCUAUAAACCACAGUGGAUACCAGUCAAAUUAAUCAUACCACGCAUUAUUCAGUUUUGUUUUUGUGUUUUGUGCGAAUAAUAAGACAAUGAUUUUCCAAAUAAGGCAAUUUAAGGCUUUAAUAUAUGGGCAUUUGAUAGAUGUAUAGAGGGAGGGGAACAACAAUGAAAAGUGGAAAUAAGAAAGUGGGUUAGGGGGCAGCUCAAAUCAAGGUAACCAUUACUUCACCUAUUAUUGGCAGAGAAUAAUCAGCUUCUUGGCUUCAUCCAGGAGAUGAUUUCUUGAUCGUGUGUGUUUUUGUUUCCAAGCAAACCCAAAUCUGCAACUAUGACAUGUUUUUGGAUAUUUGACUGUUUUUCCAACCAAUGUGUUACCCAGGAUCAAUUAAUUUUGUAUUUGUUUCCUUAAAUUUAUCUACUAUCUCUAAUUGAAAAAAGGAAUAAUUUUACCAUGUUAAUGAUGAGCAAUUACGGCCUAGAGACACCUGUUUUGCAUGUCACUUUGUGCUAAAUUAUGAAGGUUGUAUGUCUGUAUUUAAGGAAGUAUACUGUAUAUGAAAACAUUUCUUUUUCACAAAAUGAAAUCUCUGUAUAUUCAGUCUUGUUUGAACAUAAUCCUUUGGAAUGCUCUGAUAUUUUCAUUUUGGAUGUUUCCCCCUCUGUAACACCCAGUCUUUUAUUGGAAUUUAGAUCUCAAAUGUAAUUCUUUCUAUUGUUAAUGCUUUGUCGUAGCUUUAUCAAUUUACAGUUAGAGUUUUGGUUUUGAGUGUAAAAACCUACAGUUUACUUGUUGCUGAUUCUGACUAUAUUAAGAUUCUCUGUUGAAUGAUAUAUGUACAAUGUCUGUUGUUUACCAUUACUAUAAUUUAUAUGUCAGAUACUGGCUUAUCUGCGACUCUAGAACAUCCGAUCUGGUCAUCACUGUCUAGACAAUUGUACACUCCAUGUUGUAAUUGUAAAUUGGUGUUUUUGGAAGUUUUCACUAGCCAUAGCUAAUGCUGAGUUGUACAAAUCAAUUUGUAUGUGUAUAUGUUGAAGUAUUGUGUUGAGUAUGAAACACACAAAGCAUUUUUUUUUUUAUCAUUUAAUUGAUUUCAUUUUGUUUGAGUGAAAUGAAUGUCAUCUUGUUCUGUAAAACCUGUCCUUCGGUAAAAUAUGAUUUUAUAGCUAAUCUAUAUAUAUAUAUAUCUAUUUAUAAAAUCUAUUCAUUAUUGACAAUAAGAACCUGCAAUUGCUCAGUAAACAUGGUUUCUCUUAAUUCUUCUUUUUUUUUUUACAUUGCUUUAAAAUGAAGGUCAAAUUGAUAUGAAUAGUACAUUUAUAUGAUUUUUGUAUUUUGUGUUAAUUGAUUAAUAUAAAGAAUAGCUGAAAAUCAUGAGAUGGGUGUAAUUGAGCCGAGAUCUCCCUGGAAACUGAUGAAUGUUUAUAGAGUGUCCUGAAUAUAAUUCAUACUCAUGAUUAAAAUUUGAUAAUGUACCUUAAAA